UCCCAGCAGCCCAAUCAAGGCAGGAGGGUGCAGGCCAGAAGAAGGGAGGAAACCCAAGGAAAAGAUAGGCCUGCUUUCCCCCAACUUUACAAGAAAGCGUCCAUAGUUUCAGGUGGAAGCAACAGGUACCAGAUUCAAGAUGGCGGGCACAGCACGACAUGAUAGGGAAAUGGCAAUCCAGGCUAAGAAAAACCUUGCCAAAACCACCGAUCCAAUUGAGAGGCUGCGCCUUCAGUGCCUGGCGAGAGGCUCAGCAGGCAUCAAAGGCCUGGGCAGUCACCCUUCUUUUCUUCAGGGUUUUCCACAUCAUGGAUGACAACAAUAGCAGGACCCUUGACUUCAAAGAGUUCUUGAAAGGGCUCCAGGAUUAUGCUGUGCUGAUCGAAAGAGAAGAAGCUGAAAGGCUUUUCAAAAUCUUUGAUAAAGAUGGGAAUGGAACAAUUGACUUUGAUGAAUUUCUCCUAACAUUAAGACCUCCUAUGUCUAAUGCAAGGAAAGAAGUCAUCAUGCAAGCUUUUCGAAAGCUAGAUAAGACAGGGGAUGGUGUCAUCACCAUUGAAGAUUUGCGAGGAGUCUACAAUGUAAAACAUCACCCCAAGUACCAAAAUGGAGAAUGGACUGAAGACCAAGUUUUUAGGACUUUCCUGGACAACUUUGAUUCACCAUAUGAUAAAGAUGGACAGGUCACAACAGAUGAAUUCAUGAACUAUUAUGCUGGUGUCAGCGCUUCAAUAGAUACUGAUGUCUAUUUCAUUGUGAUGAUGAAAAAUGCUUGGAAAAUCUGAUAGCGUAAAAUGACUCUGUUGUUCUUCUGUUUUAAACAUCUCCUCCAUCCAACAUGCUGGACAGCGGUUAUACUCUUUGGAAUGACCGUUGGCAGCUUUUACUGACAGAAAUUAAAAUGUCUUAUUGUUACUGUUA